AUGGCUGCCAAGGAGGCUCCGCCGUCGCACUACCGCAGCCCGCCGUCGCGCUACCGCAGCCCGCCGUCGCGCUACUGCAGUCCAUCGUCGCGCUACCGCAGUCCGUCGUCGCGCUACCGCAGUCCGUCGUCGCGCUACCGCAGUCCGUCGUCGCGCUACUGCAGUCCGUCGUCGCGCUACGGCAGUCCGUCGUCGCGCCACCCAUCCGUCGUCGCGCCACCCAGUCCGUCGUCGCGCUACCGCAGUCCGCCGUCGCGCUACUGCAGUCCGCCGCCUCACUACUGCAGGCCACCGUCGCAGGCGGGCGCGGCCGGCGCUCCGGCGGCGCGAUCGCAGCUGUCGGCAGACCGCGGGUCGUCGCGCUUGUCCUUGAGCAGCUCGUCGAUGGUGUAG